AAAGUGCAGAGUGUGUUUUUUAUUGAUGUUUCGUAUUUUAUUUUUGUGAAAUUAUUUAAUGUGUCUUCUGGAUGAUGAAAGCAAGAAAUAAGAUCGAAAACAGCACAGGUGUGAAAAGCAAGACAGUGAAUUGAGUAUCCCUCACAUCAUAAUGACUACUUCAGAGGUUGAAAGCCGAAACAUCUCUCUAUCAAUGCGAAAAUCAGUGGAGAACCUCGUGAUUUCGUCUCAGGAUGCGAUCGGCCAGAGCAUAAGCCAGGCGAUAACGUUUUCGGGUGUAAUUACACAGCCCAAUCAAACACAGGAAACUAGAAAUGUGUCCCGUUCCCCAUCACCGUCCCUACGCAACUCCGACAGUCCCCUGGAUGCCAUCGACAGCGAUAGGAAGAGUGAGACGUCCCUGCAAGUGCCGGCGGGGAUCUCGCUCGGCGUCGACGCCUCCAGCCUUCUCAACUUGGCAGCUAAAGAUAAGAUUCCAUCGGACAAGCGUUCUGUGGACGGCACGGGGCGCGCCAAGAAGAAAAGCUGGUACAACUCCCUCUACCCUACCUACAAGAGCAAGUGCGAUGACUUCCGAAGACUGUUCAAGGACUUACCUGAUGAUGAGAGACUCAUAGUGGACUACUCGUGCGCGCUGCAGCGUGACAUCCUGGCUCACGGGCGGCUGUACGCGUCGCAGACGCACCUCUGCUUCUACGCGAGCAUAUUCGGCUGGGAAACCUCGCUCACGCUGCGGUGGAAGGACGUUACGGCUAUCACCAAGGAGAAGACUGCGCUGGUGAUACCCAAUGCGAUCCUGGUGUGCACGGAGACGGAGAAGCACUUCCUAACGUCGUUCUCGGGGCGGGACAAGGCCUACCUCAUGCUGUUCCGCGUGUGGCAGAACGCGCUCAUGGACCAGCCCGUCGGCAGCCACGAGAUCUGGCAGUGGGUACACACGUGCUACGGGUCGGAACUGGGGUUCGACUCGGACGAGGACCCGCACGACGCUGACGACGUGCUGCCGCUGCCAGACGCCAUUGAGGAGCUGGAGUCGUCUAUGGAGGCGAGCGGCGGCGGCGAGGAGCGGACCACGAGAUCCUCUAGCCGCGGCCGAGACUCCACGCCGCCUAUACUGACGAACGGGGGCGGCGACGCGGGUCUGGGGGGUGACGAGGAGGGGGCGGAGGCGGGGGACACCCUGCCCACAGACAUGUCCGACACCAGCGAGAGCGAGCCCGACAAACACCAUGAAGGCGGGUCGGAGAAGUGCACGUCCCCGCACGAGGGGCGGCUGGUGCUGCAGCAGCAGUUCCCCUACAACAUCGACCACCUGUUCACCAUGAUCUUCACCAACUCCAAGUUCAACCUCGAGCUGCUCGCCGCCAGGGGCACCACUGACUACGUCCAGGCGCCGUGGCAGCCGCAGAACGGUCUCAAGUGUCGUCAGGUGAGCUACACGCUCGGCCUCACAUCAGGACCCAUUGGACCCAAGGAGGUCCACGUCACAGAAACACAGGUAAUGAACAAGUGCUCGAAAGCGGGUUCGCUAUACUCGAUCGAUGCGACGAGCGAGAACGCGGGCAUCCCGUACGCCGACCACUUCGACGUGCGCGUGCACUACUGCCUCGCGCGCGUCACAGAGCACGCCACGCGCCUCACGCUGUACAUGCGCGUGCACUACAAGAAGACCAUGUGGCCGAUGAUUAAGGCGUUUCUAGAGAAGAACGCGACGAGCGGUAUAGAGGAGUUCGCUCGGCUGCUUGAGACCAGGCUGCACGCCGCCGCGCGCCCGCACGCCGCGCCGCCGGCGCGCGCGCGGCGCAGACGACGGGACGCGUCCCCGCUGGCGUGCGCGCCGGGCGUGUCGGUGUCGGCGGCGCCGGCGGCGGCGGGCGGCGGCGCGGGUCGCGGGCUGCUGCUUGCGCUGCUGCUGCUGUUGCUGCUCAACGCGGCGCUGUACUGGCGGCUGUAUCGCGCCGACCGCACGCCGCUGCAGUUGGACGACUUGUACUCCAGGGUGAGCACGCUACACACUGGCGGGGGUGGGGGCGGCGGGGACAUGUGGGGAGAGGGGGGUGCGCGGCGGCAGCACGAGCAGCUGCAGGCGUGGCGGGACGCGCUCCAGGCGACCGUCAAACACCUGCUGCAGACGGAGCAAGCGCUAAGUAAACUGCUGGACACUAUGAAACCGAUAGAGAAGACUGAACCCGACCCGGGGAAAACAGAGCUGUGAGCUACCGUGGAGCCCUGAGGUACUGUAAUGACGUCGGAAACCACACGGGGGUGCCACGGCCACGAGCAAAACUGGCG